AACAACCAGUCGCUGAAGUCAGUUUGGAUUUAUCCAUCUCGGAAUUCGGAAGUGCUUGAGCUUCUUCACGACGACGCGAUCCGCGUGCUACGUUUGACCGUGUCCGUGAGUGAUUUCUCUUUUCUAUCCCCCUCCGUGUGAGUGCGUGUUUCGGGAACAACCCUGUAAACAAGAGGAAGCCGAAACAGGACCAUUCUUCAGGAUAAUCAACGCACCGCUACCUUUCCUCGAAGCAGACGACAAGCACAAGGAUCCCUAAUUAAAAAAUGGCCGCCCUGAACAUGUGCAAAGCGCCCGAAUCGUACGAAACGUACGCGUUCAACCUUCCGGACAAAUUCAAACUGGCCGCUCAGGACGAACUCCGCGAGGACGACGACAUCCGGGAAAAUGCCCUCAAGCAGUUCCGCGAAUGGAUCGCCAAGCAUCCGCUGAUCAAAAAGUGCCGCACCGACGCUCCGUUCCUCUUGCGUUUCCUGCGAACCAAGAAGUUCUCCAUCCCAGCCGCAACAGAAAUGCUCGAGAAAUAUCUCUCCAUCCGUCAGAUCUACCCCAACUGGUUCCACAAGCUGGACAUCAACGAUCCGGAGCUGGAGGCCAUCAUUGACACCGGAUACCUGUUCGCCUUGCCCGAACGUGACGAACGUGGCCGCAAGAUUGUCUUCUCCAGUGCUGGCAAGUACGACACCAGUCGCUUCACAGCGGCCCAAUUGAUCCGGGUCCAUUCCCUGGUCGUCGAAGCCCUUCUGGAUGAAGAGGAAUCGCAAAUCGCUGGAUACGUCCACGUCAUUGACGACUCUGACUUGUCGAUGGGAUUCCUCGGAAUCUGGUCCUUCACAGACAUCAAGAACCUAGCCAAUUGUGUCCAGAACUCGCUGCCGAUGCGUCAGAAAGAGAACCACUUCGUUAACCUGCCAUCGUUUGCCAACAAACUGUCCGAUUUCAUCCUGUCGGUUCUGAGCGACAAACUGAAGAAUCGCGUAUUCGUCCACAAAAACAUGGAUGAGCUGAAGAGCAAGGUCAAUCCCAAACUGCUACCCAAAGAAUACGGCGGUACCGUUCCCAUGGCUGAGUGCGUAGCGCAGUUCAAGGCUUUCUUGAAGGCGAAACGAGACCAGCUGGUGGCACUCGAUGAGAUGCAAAUCGAGAUCAACAAGAACUCUGCCUACUGGGCUGAGACCACCGAUGCGGACAUCGCUGCCGGAGUGAUCGGUAGCUUCCGGAAACUGGAGGUCGACUAAGUCCCUUCUUUUUAUUAUCAGAAUUAGAAACCUCUUCUGUAUGUCCUGAAUCUUUUUAUUCUAGCCUUAAUAGAACUCCGAAUCAGAUCGGUGACAUUUUUAUCUGAAGAAAUAGUUCUAUAUACACUUAGUUAAACAAAAGUUAAUUAGUUGAAAACGAGAAAGAGACGAUUUCAGCUAGAAACGAUCCUCUCUCCCCCAAACAGGUGGAACAAAGUUACCAAAACUCAACUUUAUCGUUAAUACAUGUUAUAGAAUUUUGCAUAGAACCUUCCGUUCUAGAACUAUAUUUCUCUAGCAUAUCUUAGUAUCAAGUACUGUCAACUCGUUUACUUACUUUCAGACAGCAAAACUCUUCUCUGUGAUGAUGGUUUCAGAAACUAGCACAGACUAGGACGCGGUAAAGUAAAUCUCCAAAUCCUUAAUUUAUUGCUUACUAUGCCCGCUAUAUUAUUCUUAAACUUAAAGGUUAUGCACGGUAUGGAAAGGACAAUGUAAUCCAAGUAUUUAGUGAGUAGAUUAGGGUCGACCUCCUCCUCCAUAUCUUCCUCUUCCAUUUCCGGAUGUGCAGCAUCCAAUAUUUUACGCCGAUUUGAACGUUAUGUUUUUGUCAAUCAGCAAUGUUUUAUGAAAUAAUAAAGUUUAGGAAAGUCCACAA